CUCCCAAUCCCCUCACCAACCAGUCCCACUUCAACAUCAUCUUCAAUCUCCACCACAUUUGCUCUCUCUACGGGUGCACCUGUACGAUAGCUACGCCAGCCACGCAACGAUCGAAAAUGUACUAGAUCCGCAGUCCUACACUUCCAAUUCCGCCAGACCAGGCAAUUCCAUUGAAAAUGUCUUCUCGAAACGUUACCUUCGAGAUCGCAUCCUCACCACCGCCGCCAGCGACAACCUCUGAUCUACCAGCGCAAUCGCAAUCGGAGUCGCAGUCGCAAUCGCGACCACAAUCGAAUCAAGCUUCUACUCCUCCACCAACGCCCCCUCAUCGCCCCAGAAAAGCAAAAGCCAAUCCUUCCAUUACCCCUCGCAGAUUUAGAAGAUUCUUCGCGCCGAGCUCUUCUGCCACUCAAAACAAUUCUGCCGAACGACAUGCCCUCGACGAUAUCACUGCCACUACUCAAGAUGUCGCAGAACCCGAUCCCGAUCCCGAUCCCGAUCUAGCUCAGCCCGACGAUCAAGGUGAAGCUGACGGUGAAGAUGAAGACGAAGACGAAGAUGAAGACGAAGACGAAGAUGAAGAUGACGAUGAAGAUGAAGAUGAAGGCCAGGAUUCCGACCCUCAAGACUUUCCGCGCGAUCUAAAGAGACGCAAGCUCCUCAAUACAACCGAAUCAUCUCCAGGUUACAAAAGUGAAAGAAGCCUCACUUCAACAGCAACAAUCGCACCUCAACAAACUCUGAUGCGAUCAUCGCCAUACGAACGAGCAUCCUUCUUCGCGCCAAAGCCAAAAGCCGACAAGCACAGAUGGUUCAUUCAACCGCUUCAAAAGAGACUCUGGGGUCGACUAAUCGAGUGCGGUAAUAAUGGACGACGAUUACAACUAGGUUUCGCGAACCCCCCUCGACGCAACCGCCAACGAAUUGAAUGUCCCAUGAACGGUAAUCGGUAUUCUUUCCCCAAUUUUUUUUUUUCUAACAUUGAUUAGACUGGCGAAAUGAGACAGCUUCAUUUUACAGCACGCCAAUCGAGACUCAUCACUGCCGUAGUAUUGCACGGCCUAGUGUUAUGUGCAUACCAUUCUGUACAGCAAGCCUUAACAGUAAGCACUUCGGGUAAUCCUCUAUGCACUUGCAAUACUGACUUGGCCUAGCAAAUACUUUAGUUGCGGUUGGAGAUGAACAAGGACGAGUUAGGCUCCUGGAGUCGGCAAAAGAUGGAAAGCCGAUUUUCAUGGACGCCCAUCUCGCCUUUCGUGUACACACUAAUGCUAUUAUCGAUAUGGCAUUCUCGAACGACGAUUCAUUACUAGCCACGGCUUCGGGAGACUCAUCAGCUCGAGUUGUAGAUAUGAGUACCCAACAAACCCUCGCCAUUCUCGGAAACCACUCCGCGUCGCUAAAGCAAGUACGAUUUCAACCUGGUUCGAAUAAUAAUAGCAUCCUGGCUACGUCGAGUCGGGACGGGAGUGUUCAAAUUUGGGACUUAAGAUGCAAGGGUAUGGAAGGUCCUGAAGUAUCUUACCACGUCCCUGUGGACCCUUACAAUAACAAUAGACCGACUCGGUCGACUUCCAGAGAUGUUUUGUAUGCUCGCGCCAUUAACAGCAUCGAGAGUGCUCACAAUUCAUCAGCCGACCAAACUGAACUUGAAGCUGACAGUACUACCGAUGCACCUUCACGUGGCGAACCCCCUCGAAGACACGGCGACGUUUCUGUAACCGCUAUUCACUUUCUACCCGAGGGACAAGAGAACUUUAUUUUAACUGGUUCCGAGGCCGAUGCUUCUGUAAGAUUGUGGGAUAUUCGUUCUCUCUCAAACAGACGACAAGUUCCAACCGCUAUUUCCCAGACUCGAACACCCGAAAACCACAACAGAUUCCGCCAUUACGGCAUCACGUCUAUGAGUAUCAAUACCGCUGGCACCAGGCUAUAUACUCUUUGUAAAGACAACGUUGUAUAUGCUUACUCCACAGCCCAUCUCGUUCUUGGACAAGCCCCAGAACUCCAAAACGGAAGCGGACGCCGCCCAAAAUCCCAACGACCUAUGCAAGAAGGAUUAGGACCCCUUUAUGGAUAUCGCCACAAGAAUUUACAAGCCACAUCGUUCUACGUCAAAUCCGCAAUUCGCAAGGCGCAAAACGGCAAGAGCGAGCUUUUGGCAGUUGGCAGCAGCAACGGCUCGGCAGUUCUGUUCCCUACUGAUGAGCGUUAUCUUCCAGAUCAAAAGAGUGAUCUUUACAGCCCGAGUGAUUUCGGCGUAGCGCCGUGGCCUAAGUGGACAAAGUCGAAGCCGAACCGAUUUACCUAUGAUAUUCCUAUUUCUGAUAACGGCUCGGCGUUGAUACGUGGUCAUGAUCGCGAGGUGGGAUCGUUGACCUGGAACACGGAGGGAGAGCUGAUCACUGUUGGUGAUGACUAUGUUGUUCGAGUGUGGCGUGAGGGCGAUCGCGCGAGAGAUUUGAGAAUGGGUGGUGAGAGUUCAGGCCGACGAUGGGAUUGUGGAUGGGCGGAUGUGAAUGAGAAGUAUGACGAGGACGACGAUCAAGGGAGGACGAAAGGAGACGUCAGUAGUGAAGAGUAUGAGUAUGAUCCUGAUUACAUCUCUCCUGAUGACUAUUGAUUCAUCAAUUGUCAUCCUUUUUUCUUGUGUAACGGAUUGGUUGGUUGUUUGUUGAUGGAAGAUAGGUUGGUUGGGGAUUCAAAAUGGGUGAUGUAGUGUGGUGAUUGAGUUGAUUGGAGUGGUUGGUCUUGAUUCAUUUGAAGGGUGGAUAGGAGGGGGUUCGUGGUGUUGAUACCGAACACCCUUUUUGUACUGUACAUUUUUCAUUUUCCUUUCCUUUUCCUUCUUCCUUCUGCAGAAAAGCGAGCGGGUG